AUGGCGCCGCUCCGAAGCACAAUAGACCGCCUGGACAAGCCGAGUUCCUACGCGACUGCGAAGAAGCGCAGAAGAGACCGCAACCGCGACGACGAGCGCGAGCCCAGCCCAGACCCAGAAGACAAGCUCAAAGACGCGACAACCCUCUACGUCGGCAAUCUCUCCUUCUACACAACCGAAGAGCAAAUCCACGAACUCUUCUCCAAAUGCGGUGAAAUCAAGCGCCUCGUCAUGGGACUGGACCGCUUCCAAAAGACGCCCUGCGGCUUCUGCUUCGUCGAGUACUACACGCACCAGGACGCCCUCGACUGCAUGAAGUACAUUGGCGGCACCAAGCUGGACGAGCGCGUCAUCCGCACAGACUUGGACGAGGGCUUUGCCGAGGGCAGGCAGUAUGGGCGCGGGAAGAGCGGUGGGCAGGUGCGGGAUGAGUAUCGUGGGGAGUAUGAUCCCGGUCGGGGUGGCUAUGGGAGGGCCAUUAUGGAGAAGGAUGAUGAGAUGUAG